ACCUACUUUCACCUCCCUGGUCCCAUCUCUUUCCCUCCUCUGCUUGAAACUCUUAAACCCACCUGCAGCUGCAAAACCCCAAUUAUCCAUUCUACCCUUGUUCUGUUCCACAGCUCCCCACCACCACCAUGCUUCGCCUCCGCCGCAGCUGCCAACACUUUCGCCAACCAUUUAUCAAAUUCCUAUCCACUGCCGUCACUCCUCCGCCUCCUCCCCACCUCCCUCUCUCCCAUCCCACUUACAUUGUUUGGGGCUCCAACACUUCCGUUGGUAAAUCCUUAGUUUCCGCCGGCCUCGCUUCCUCCUUUCUCCUCUCCGAUUCUCCCUCCCAAUUCCUCUACCUCAAGCCCAUACAAACCGGCUUCCCUUCCGAUUCCGAUUCCCGUUUCGUCUUCCAGAAGAUAUCCUCCUUAUUUCAACGCCGCAAAGCUCACCUCUCCCUUCUGGCCUCCGACCACGUUCUCAAGGCUUCUCUCCCCGUACUUAACUCCGUCUCCGGUUGCGGAAUUGUCAAUGGUAACGAAUUGGCAAUGUGUGACCUGGGUCGGUAUGAAGAUCAGCUAUUGGUGGGACAGGAAUCGGGUAUAGGUUCGAGGCUAAUCUGUAAGACCAUGUACGCAUGGAAAGAGGCAGUGUCGCCGCAUUUGGCAGCUGAAAGGGAAAGCGGGCCGGUGGACGAUGCCGUUGUGCUACAGUCCCUGCAGAGUUGCUUGACUACUGGAUUGGAAGCGAGUGGCGAGAGUGAUGAUGCAAAAACCAAAGCCAUGUGUCUCGUCGAGACAGCCGGUGGGGUUGCUAGUCCAGGCCCUUCUGGGUCCCUUCAAUGUGACUUAUACAGGCCUUUUCGCUUGCCCUGCCUUCUUGUUGGUGAUGGUCAGCUGGGUGGUAUUUCUGGAACAAUUUCAGCGUAUGAGACUUUGAAACUUCGAGGUUACGAUGUUGCUGCCAUUAUCUUUGCUGAUAAUGGGCUUGCUAAUGAAGUGCCGUUAAGCUCUCAUCUUCGAAAUAGGGUGCCAGUUCUUGUGCUACCUCCCAUUCCAGCUGAUAUAACAGACGAUCUGAUGGAUUGGUUCGAUUCCUCUCGGAACGUAUUUGAUUCUCUGAAGGAAAUAUUGUUAUCAGCUCAUUCAAAAAAAAUUAACAACUUGCGAGAAAUGCCUAAAAAGGCAAUGAAUGUCUUUUGGUGGCCAUUCACCCAGCAUAAACUUGUGGCAGAUGAAGCUGUUACAGUAAUUGAUUCUCGCUGUGGUGAGAACUUCACUGUUUUCAAGGAUCAGGGCAGUGAAUUUAUGACUCAACAAUUUGAUGCCUGUGCCAGUUGGUGGACACAAGGCCCUGAUGCUGCCUUACAGACUGAGCUAGCAAGUGAUAUGGGUUAUGCUACUGCAAGAUUCGGGCACGUAAUGUUUCCAGAGAAUGUGUAUGAACCAGCUUUGGAAUGUGCAGAGCUUUUACUUGAUGGUGUUGGAAAAGGUUGGGCUUCUAGGGUGUAUUUCUCAGAUAAUGGAUCUACCGCUAUUGAAAUUGCACUAAAGAUGGCCUUUCGGAAGUUUUCUUUUGACCAUGGAAUCCAUGAUGCUCAAGAAUGCAAUGCGGAAGCACCGCGUCCUGAGCUUAUGGUCUUGGCUCUCAAUGGAUCAUAUCAUGGUGAUACAUUAGGAGCUAUGGAAGCCCAGGCACCCUCAUGUUAUACAGGCUUCCUGCAGCAACCAUGGUAUUCUGGAAGAGGUGUUUUUUUGGAUCCUCCUACAGUCUACAUGCACGGAGGUAAAUGGUAUCUUUCAUUGCCAGUUGGAUUGCAGCCAGAGAACAUGAUGCCUGAGAGUCUUUUUUUCUGUUCACGUAAUGAGGUAUUUGAUGAGAAGAGGGACAGUUCAGAUUUGGCUGGAAUCUAUUCGGCAUACUUGUCUCAACAAUUAUCAGAUUCUUCAAAGUUCAAUUCAUUACUUGGAGCACUAAUUAUGGAACCAGUAAUACAAGGUGCUGGAGGAAUGCAUAUGGUGGAUCCUCUCUUCCAACGAGUACUUGUGAAAGAAUGCAAAAGGCAAAAGAUUCCCGUCAUCUUUGAUGAGGUUUUUACUGGUUUUUGGCGCUUGGGUUGUGAGACUGCUGCAGAGCUGCUUCAUUGUGCACCUGAUAUAGCCUGCUUCGCAAAGCUGAUGACCGGUGGAAUUAUUCCGUUAUCUGCUACGUUAGCUUCAAACUCUGUAUUUGAAUCCUUUAUUGGUGACUCUAAGCUUGAGGCCCUUUUGCACGGACACUCGUAUUCUGCUCAUGCUUUGGGCUGCACGGCUGCUGCUAAGUCCAUUAAAUGGUUUAAAAAUCCUCAGACGAACCAGAAUAUCAAUUCUGAAGGGAAAUCGCUCAGGGAGUUAUGGGAUGAAAAUUUGGUUCACUUGAUCUCAUCACAUCCUGCGGUGAAUAGAGUAGUCGCAUUGGGAACACUCUUUGCUCUAGAACUUAAAGCAUAUGGCCCUGAUGCCGGGUAUGCAUCCCAGUAUUCAAGAUCUCUUCUAUUAAAGCUUCGGGAAGAUGGGAUUUAUAUGAGGCCAUUGGGCAAUGUCAUAUACCUUAUGUGCGGGCCCUGCACAAAACCAGAUAUCUGCAGCCAAUUACUCAUCAAGCUCCGUACCAGAUUGGAUGAGUUUAUCAGCGAGUCCGCCGAAAGCUUGAAAUCCUGUCAUUCAUGAAAGACGGCAAUACCACUAUUCUGUUGGGCGUUUUUGGUCGCUCUAUUAGUAAUCUUUUAAUGUAGUUAGUGCAGUAGUAGCUCAUGUUGCAAGCCUGAUUGAUUGAAAUGUCUUAUGAAUUUUGACUUAGCUUGAAACUUUUCUUAUUGGUUGUCAUCUCAAAAGAACAGUGAGAACAGGGUAUUAUCAAUUUUUCAAAUCUUGACUUUCAAGGUGAGAAAUGAAAAUAGUAACAUUUAGGUUGAAAUGUAAUAGCUGUUUACUU